GGCUUCAGUUUGAAAAUCUGAAAUAAUUUUAGUUGUCUUCAGGUUUAUGCAAUUAUUUGUAGCUUGUUUUCGGAAAGUAAAACGAGCUUGCUAGUGCUGUCCUGUGCAGAGUAGAGUGGUCAGUAUGCUGCUGGAUAGAGGUCCGACAUGGCAGGAGGCAGUUCUGCUCUUGUCCAUCCCUCACGUCUACUAUUUAGUACUGUGGUUUUUCCCGCGAGUGUGGACACGUUUCUCACGUAAAGUUGGCAUGGAUCCCAGCCAGCUGAUGUGUUACGUGGCUAUGCUGCUCAAGGUGGAACAGUUUGCCGUGUAUUUCUGGUUCUAUUCUAUGCAUCUUCCGUAUGAUCACAUGAGAGAACGGUCAUACGGGGCCGCCGUCAAGGAGGUCUGGUAUCUCGGUGGAUGGAGACGCGCGGCCGUUGCCAUGGCAAUGAUCGUCUUUGGUCAAGCGCUCAACGCCGGUGCGAUACGAGCGCUGGGUGUGAAUGGCAUCUACUACGGUUUCCGCUUCGGCAAGAUCAUCCCCUGGUGCACCAAGUGGCCAUACGGCGGUCGCCUGAGACUCCCUCAUCCGCAGUACGUCGGCGCCAUCCUCUCCAUCAUCGGAGUCACGCUGCUGACGGCAACUCACGAGCAUGUACGCGCCGGCAUGCGCACCAUCAUGUUUGCCUGGUGUGGAUUCUAUCUUGUGAACGGCUUCACCGAGGAAGUCCUGCACCGAAUCCAGUCUUCUAAGAAGAUGUAGCUUGCACGGUGUUGAGACGAUUGAUGUCACCCAUAGCGCAAUGAACGGUACAUGGCGUUAUUGUUUACUGGGUGAAGGGAUGUUUUAGAGAAGCUAGCAUCACCGUGCACCGCUGACGUGGCUGGUGUCACCGGUGCAGAGUGACCUGGCCAGUCUUGCGUUUGUGUGUGUGUGUGUGUGUGUGUGUGUGUGUGUGUGUGUGUGUGUGCGCGCGUGUGUGUGCGCAUGUGUGUGUGUGUGUGUGUGUGUGUGUGUUCGUGUAGUUCAUGUCCUGGGUCCUGUAGCAUGCAGCAACACCUGCUGUAGAAUUGACGCCAGCCAGCCUUGUGGCUCAAUUCUCUAGCUAAUCUUGCUGACUGCUCACGCUGGUGUGUUGUUUCCUGUCCUGACGGUCAUGACUCAUGACUCUACGAUUGCGGUUGUGAUAUUAGGAAGUAUGCUCUUAGGCCUGGCUGUGUCAAGGCCACCAACUGCUCUCCUUCCUUUGCAGCACCCCACAGAUGGUGACGGCUGGCGAGUAUCGUUUGCUGCUGGAUUUACGAAUAUAUCUUAUCUAAUUUAUUACUUUAGGAACUUUCGAAAGUGUGCCGUAUUAUUUUCAAAGUUGACUAGAAAGAUUUCAUUUUUUCAUAAUGAAACUUCAGAAGUUGAUACUGAUAUAAAUAAAUAAUCAUAUUAUCAGCGACACCCGUAAUCACUUGUCAGAUAUACGGGAUCGCUUCG